AUGAAGUGCUGUCUCAUCUUCACUCUCCUGAGUGUAGCUGGAAUUAUUCUGGCCAAAUAUUCUGAAACUGAAAAGUCAAACUUAUCAGAAGAUUUUACUAUUCCCUACAUGGUCUAUCUGAAGUCCAGUCCAGAGCCCUGUGUGGGGUCUCUCAUUCACCCGGAGUGGGUCCUGACCGCCGCUCACUGCCCCUUACCAGUUAAACUUCGAUUGGGAGUUCAUCAACCCAGCGUCAAACAUAAGAAAGAGCAGAUACGGAAUAACACAUUGACCAUACCCUACCCCGAAUUCAAUGCACAAACUUUGGAAAAUGACCUGAUGAUGAUAAAACUGUCCAAGGCUGCUGUGCUCAACACCUAUGUGGGAACUAUAGCCAUAGCUUUGGAAUCUUUAUCAACUAAUGAUUCCUGCUUUAUCCCAACCUGGAGUUGGAAUGACUAUAAAAACUCGAGUGACCCUGACAUCUUAAUUUGGACAAAUCAACAUUCUCUUCCCUUCCAUAAGUGUAACUUUAUGCUAGGUGACAGAAUAACAGUCAACAUCAUGUGUGUGGGACAACCUCUGGAAACCAUAUCUGAAAUUAAGGAAGUUUCAGCUGCUCCAGCCAUCUGCAAUGGGAGAUUGCAUGGAAUCUUGUCCUGGGCAAAAGGAAGUGUCACUAUGGGAAGUGAAGGAUUUUUCACUGAAAUUCAUCCCUAUGCAAGAUGGAUCCUAAAAAUCAUAAACAGCUACUGA